AUGAGCAAGUGGAUUGGCGCUACCUCUGCGCUCUUCGUUGUAGUUAGGACCCCGCGUCGCAAAAUAUGUACAGACAACCACGAGUGCCAUGUUGUGGGGGAGGUAACCUCACCCAAGGAACUCGUGCUUGCUCUUUUAUCGAUCUUGGGCGACAAGCUCAACAGCGGAAAUAAGUUGCAUGUCACCUACUCGGAAAUGCAAGCGCGACCGAAGUGCUGCAGACUGCGUGUGUGUGUUAACGGGCGAUCGACGAUCAUCAGUUUGCAGAGGAAGCGGGAUAAAGCAGCAAAAAUAGAGCUCUGGGGUUGA